CACAGACACUAUCCCAAGACCUCCUUCACCAGUGUGGCCGACACCCCGGAGAACUUGCGGCUGAAGCAGCAGAGCAAGAUGCAGAGCCAAGUGCUGUACAAGGAAGACUUUGAGAAGAAUAAGGGCAAGGGCUUCAGCGUGGUCGCCGACACACCCGAGCUGCAGAGGAUCAAGAAAACACAGGACCAGAUCAGCAAUAUUAAAUACCAUGAGGAGUUUGAGAAGAGCAAGAUGGCCGGAGAGGUGCCUUCCCCUCAGUCCAAUGCCUAUCCAGCUUUUCAGCAGCAGCCGGCAGACGUUCAGAACUACCACGGCGGUGCGGGACCCGAGCCGACGCGCCACGCCGCCGCUGCGCCCCCUCCAAGCACCGGGAAACGCUACCGGGCUGUGUACGACUACAUGGCGGCCGACGAGGAUGAGGUGUCCUUCCAGGACGGCGACGUGAUCCUGGACGUGCAGCAGAUCGAUGAGGGCUGGAUGUACGGCCGCGUGGAGCGCACCGGUCAGCAGGGCAUGCUGCCCGCCAACUAUUUGGAGGCCAUGUGAAAGACCGGCGGGGCGGGGCAGGGCGGGGGUGAUGUAGCGGUUGGGGUUAGAAAUGGCGAGAAGAGCGCCAGAGCGGUGUGUCAUCUCAUACAAACACACAUUCCUUUCUGUUUUGCUUCUUUUCCCUUACCGAGUUGUGUUUACGUUCAAAGGGCGCCACCCACUCCCAGCUAUCCUGAAGCUCCGCUUUCGCCGCACGCUCCCUCCUGCCGAGUCUUCGUCCGCUUCUCUGUCUGUGUCCUUGUUCACCUGAAGCGCAGAGUCUCGAGUGGAACUUAUGGCUUAGGUGACGCACAGUGGCCGCGAAGCGCCUCCCUCCUUCCGUCUGUCCUUUUCUCUCGCGCUCCUCCGAAAUAUAGGAAACGCCCACAUACGACAUACAAUGGCAGAACGCAACCCGCAGCCUUCGCUUGUCACUCUCUCGCUCGUUGUCGUGGUUUGAGAGAGCCCUUAAAGUGGCGCAGCAGGUUCGAAUCCCACCUACUGCUGUAGUACCCUUGAGCAAGGUACUUUACCCUCAGCUGCUCCAGUAAAACUACCCAGCUGUACGAAUGGGUACCGCGUAGGUGGCUUGAUGGAGGAGAAAAGCGGACGUCCCCUGUGCUGCAUUCCACAGCUCUGUGGCUCUUAAACAGUCGCUCUGCACUUUCAUCAUUGGACAUCGUCGCUUCGCAGUCCAGCGUCCCGUUUGUUCCCUUAAGCAACGAGAAUGUGCUCUCGUCUGAGGGAUCUCGUCGGGGUCGCGAUCCCUUACCUUCAUCGGUGCCCGAUCUUUUCCAGCAGCAGGAGCACCUUAGCGUGACGGCAAAUCGAAAAACAAAAUCUUUCCAAAGUGUCAUUCCGUGGGGCGACCGACUUCUGCGCUCUGUCCCUCGCUGCCGAAAUGUGCUUUUUCUCAAACUGUUUUUUUUAUUUGUUUAAAAGCUCUUUGCAGAUGUACAAAUGUUUGUCAAUCCAUAUAUAAAACAUUCCCUAUGCAAAACA